AUGGAUAAAGUCAAGGUAUCGGAACUUUCGCACACUGGACUUCACCCCGCCCCGUCCAGUUCUGUAGUCUGGCCCUCGGACUAUGUGGGGGAGUUUGUGGCAGCAGUGUUAAGUGGGCACGAGGGCCCUGUGGUCAGCUUGGUGUUCAACCCCUCUGCGGCCAGCACCGCCCUAGCCUCUGUCAGCUGGGACAAGACCUUGCGACUGUGGAACGCUGUAGAGUCCGGUAGUCACUAUGAGUCCAUCCUGCUUAAUUCUGACGCAACCUGUGUGGCCUACAAACCAGAUGGGAAGCAGGUCGCGGUGGCCACACUGGAUGGUCGGAUCUCCAUGUUCGAUGUGCAGACAGCUGAUCAGGUUGGGAGCAUUGAGGGUCGCAACGACCUCGGCAGUGGGCGCUCAGAUACUGAUCUCAUCACUUCUAAGAAAACCCUGGCUGGCAAAGCCUUCACCAGCAUCUGCUACUCAGCCGAUGGGCUGUACAUCCUGGCCGGAGGUCAGAGCAAGAAUGUCUGCAUCUACAAUGCAACCGAGGCUAUUCUAGUAAAGAAGAUGGAGAUAACACAGAACCACUCUUUUGACGCAAUGGAGGACAUAAUAGACCGAAGGAAGAUGACGGAAUGGGGUAAUGCAAGUCUGAUAGAGCAAAGAGAAGAACUGGAGGGAGGCAAUAUAGCCUUGAGACUGCCGGGAGUCAGGAAGGGAGACAUGGCCGCUCGUGCACUGAAACCUGAAGUACGAGUGUACAGUGUUCGGUUCUCCCCCACAGGACAAGCUUGGGCAGCCGUCACCACAGAAGGACUCCUUGUCUACUCUCUGGACCCAGGACUGGUGUUUGACCCGUUCCACCUGGACCUGGAGACUACACCGGCGUCGAUACUGGCUCAACUCCAGAAACAAGAGUAUGCUGCAGCCUUGCUGAUGUCCCUGAGGCUCAACGAACAGAAGCUUAUUCAGCAAGUGGUGGAGUCCACACCGCCUGCUAGCAUUGAGUUGUGUGUGGCAUCACUGCUGCCAAUCUUUGCUGAGAAACUCGCCCUGUUCCUGGCCACUGCCCUGGAGAGCACGCGACACGUCCAGUUCUACGCGGAGUGGCUGCGCGCCGUGGUGACAAGACACAACUCGCAGCCCUCCACCACACUGCUGCUCAUACACAAGAAUCUGUCAGCCAAGUACAAUCAGCUGAGCAGGAUAUGUGAUUUCAACAAAUACACUCAGCAGUUUUUGAAGAGGUUAGGUCCACUGAAAGCCAAACACAAGCAGGAAACUGCUGAAGAACCAGAAGAUGGUCUUGAAUUGACUAUGGAAACAGAUUAGUUUUAAGUACCUGUUUGUUUGUUGUGUUUUUAAAAUUUGUAUAUAAAUACACACCAAUUUAUUUUUUAAA